AUGCAAAUAUGCAAACUUAGAGGCAGUAAAAGUUCUUCAAGCCCAAGACAUUAUUUCGAAAGAGCUAACAAGUCGAAGAGACAAGCUAUUGCCGACAGAGCCGCUCAAUACCAAAAGGAAUACUACGAAGCCGAAAGAGCUCUCAUUGACGCCAAGAGACAAGCUAAGGCUAACGGUGACUACUAUGUCGAAGCCCAACACAAGUUGGUGUUCGUCAUCAGAAUCAAGGGUAUCAUGAAGAUCCCCCCUAAGCCCAGAAAGAUCAUGCAAUUGUUGAGAUUGACCCAAAUCAACGCCGGUACCUUCGUGAGAAUCACCAAGGCCACCACCGAAUUGCUCAAGUUGAUCGAACCUUACGUGGCUUACGGUUACCCCAACCACGCCACCGUGAGAAAGUUGAUCUACAAGAGAGGUUUCGGUAAGGUCAACAAGCAAAGAAUUGCUUUGUCGGACAACGCCAUCAUUGAAGCCAACUUGGGUAAGUUCGGCAUCACCUCGAUGGAAGACUUGAUCCACGAAAUCGUCACCGUCGGCCCCAACUUCAAGCAAGCCAACAACUUCUUGUGGCCCUUCAAGUUGUCGAACCCCAACGGCGGUUUCCACAAGAGAAAGUUCAACCACUUCAUCCAAGGUGGUGACUUCGGUAACCGUGAAGAAUACAUCAACGCUUUGGUCAAGCAAAUGUUGUAA